AUGGAACGUAUCGCUGGAGAGCUCGGCGUGGGUAUCGCUCACCGUCCAACAGCGACCAUGCGCAGCAAAAUCAUGCAAGUGAAGGAUCGCCUAGACGUGGGUGAACAAUCGGGCGUCGUCUAUCAGAUCCCAUGUCGGGACUGCCCUCGCCACUACAUUGGACAAACCGGACGACGACUUAGCUCACGAAUAACGGAGCACAAACGGGCGGUCCGGAGAGGCGACCCGUUGUCUCAGGUCGCCACUCACACCCUGGAGGAAGGCCACGAAUUCAACUUUGCGAGCACGCGGAUAGUGGCGCGGGCCAGCAAUAAGACAGGACGAGAACUGUUAGAGGCCUGGGUGUCUGACACCAACGCUAUCAACAGGCAAGUUGAUAUACCCCCCUGCUAUCACGCGCUCCGUUCCCGCGGCCAAGGGGCGAGACCCAAUUUCCAGCCAAGGGUGCACGCAGUCACGCCACCGUGA